CCGCGCAUGCGCUUCCCAGGCAGCUGCAAUGGCGCCAUCCUGCCACCUGAACAGGUAUCUUCUGCUCAUGGCCCAGGAGCACCUGGAGUUCCGGCUGCCGGAAAUAAAGUCUUUGCUUUCUCUUUUUGGAGGCCAGUUCACCAAUACUCAGGAAACUUAUGGAAAGUCUCCAUUUUGGAUUCUUAACAUUCCCUCUGAAGAUAUUGCAAGAAAUUUAAUGAAACGGACAGUGUGUGCCAAGUCUAUUUUUGAACUGUGGGGCCAUGGAAAGUCUCCCGAGGAGCUGUAUACAUCUCUUAAAAAUUACCCUGUGGAUAAGAUGGUUCCAUAUCUACAUUCAGAUUCUACGUAUAAGAUAAAGAUUCACACAUUCAAUAAAACAUUGACACAAGAAGAAAAAAUCAAAAGAAUAGAUGCACUUGAAUUUCUGCCAUUUGAAGGAAAAGUAGACUUAAAGAAACCACAACAUAUCUUCUCUGUUUUAGAGGACUAUGGUUUGGACCCAAAUUGCAUACCUGAGAAUCCACAUAAUAUUUAUUUUGGUAGAUGGAUUGCGGAUGGACAGAGAGAGCUGAUUGAGUCAUAUAGUGUCAAAAAGAGACAUUUUAUUGGAAAUACAAGCAUGGAUGCUGGUUUAUCAUUCAUCAUGGUCAACCAUGGAAAAGUGAAAGAAAAUGACAUUGUCUUUGAUCCAUUUGUUGGAACAGGUGGCCUUCUGAUAGCUUCUGCUCAUUUUGGUGCAUAUGUAUAUGGGACAGACAUAGACUACAACACAGUUCAUGGCUUGGGAAAGGCUAGUAGGAAAAACCAGAAAUGGAGAGGACCAGAUGAAAAUAUCAGGGCAAACCUUCGUCAAUAUGGUUUAGAGAAGUAUUACCUUGAUGUCCUGGUUUCAGAUGCAGCUAAACCUUCCUGGAGAAAGUUUGCAUAUUUUGAUGCAAUUAUUACCGAUCCUCCAUAUGGUAUCCGAGAAUCUACAAGAAGAACAGGUUCACAGAAAGAAAUACCAAAGGGGAUGGAAAAGUGUCCAGAAAGCCACGUUCCUGUUUCCUUGAGUUAUCACCUGAGUGAUAUGUUUUUUGACCUAUUGAACUUUGCCGCUGAGACCCUUGUAUUAGGGGGAAGACUAGUCUAUUGGUUACCAGUGUAUACACCAGAAUACACUGAAGAGAUGGUGCCCUGGCACCCUUGUCUGAAACUCAUUAGUAACUGCGAGCAAAAGCUUUCCAGUCACACAUCAAGACGCUUGAUCACAAUGGAGAAGGUGAUGAAAUUUGAGAACCAGGACCAGUAUGCACAUCUGCUAAAUGAUCAUUUUCUACUCUACCAAGGCCAUAAUUCCUUCCGUGAGAAAUAUUUCAGUGGAGUAACAAAAAGAAUUGCCAAGGAAGAAAAAUCCAACCAAGAAUAAAAAUUAAGAUUUUGAGCAAUGAAGAAGGAUUGCACGUAUGAUGGGAAAGACCUCGGGACAUGGGUAUUUGUGUAUAAUAUAGACACAUGGGCUGUUUGAAAUUUUUUAUAGGAAAUAAAAUAUUACAGAUUAAAUAGAGAAUUUAAUAAU